GAUGGGUUAGGAGGGGAGACGCGCUGCAGUGAUGGGUUAGGAGGGGAGACUCGGUGCAGUGAUGGGUUAGGAGGGGAGACGUGGUGCAGUGAUGGGUUAGGAAGGGAGACCGGUGCAUUGAUGGGUUAGGAGGGGAGACGCAAUGCACUGAUGGGUUAGGAGAGGAGACAUGUGCAAUAUAAUGAUAAAUAGAAAAAAAAAUCUGAAAAUGUUGGUCAGAUAAGUGUUUACUAUGUUUUAUUAGCUUUUCCCCAAAUUAUCUGUAGCUGUAUGUCUCUAGGAUUACUGAAGACUUGUUUUGUUUGUGUCUCUUUCUCUCUCUCUCUGGUGGUCUCUAGGUGGUGGUUCAGCUAACUAAAGACUUGCUAUCUCAGGCAGUCAUGUCAGUUGAGAACAGCCGUCCAACUCUCAGCAUUAACCUACUCGGGGCCCGGCAGCACUGGUUGGAGGGAAUGCUGCGACAUGAGAUUGGUUUGUGUCUAACAAUUCCCAGCCAGGACAGGCAUUGUGCAUGCAGUGCAUUCUGUCACAAAGAGCUUAGCUUGGAGGGUGUAGAGGUAUAUGAUAAAACGGAGGGGAGAGGGUGUACUUAUAGGAUGAAGUGAAGUUAAACUCAAGGAUAUUAUGGGUAACACGGGCCAUUCACUCUCAUCAUGAUAUAUGUCUGGUAAAAGCAAACCAUGACAGGCUUAUUCACUAAAGGGACAAUUGAAGGGAAUUCAAAGUAAAUUUCAAAUUUAAAGCCAAAAUAGCUGAAAUAGAAGAGUUCCCUAAAUCAGUUAUACUUCUGUUGUAGCUACUUUGGCCUUAAAUUUGAAAUCCACUUUGAAUUGUGACUUUAGUAAAUUAGCUGUAUAGUGUCACAUAUAUACCAUCAUUGCCACUGUGACCAGAAGCCAUAUUUCCCUGUAGGCACCCAUUACAUCCGUGGGGUGAAUGAUGCUCGCCAGCCUUGGCAUGGAUCAGAAGGACGCAAGCAGUUUGGAUUAAGGCCAGCUAACCCUACGGAGGAGGGACUAGCAAGCUUGCAUAGCGUCCUAUUCAGAAAGCAGCCCUACCUGUGGCGUGCCGCUCUCCUGUACUACACUGUGAGUUGUGCCUCUAAGAGUAGCUUCUCUGAGCUGUUCCACAGCCUCCAGCAGUUUGUGCAGGAUCCUUCUGUGCGGUGGGAGUACUGUGUGAGAGCCAAAAGAGGUCAGAAAGACACAACAGAACCAGGUACGUGACUCCAGAACUCACUUCUUAUAGAACUAGUGACAACGAUCGAUUGUUUGACUUGUGAUAUGAUUUCCCCAGGCUGCUUCAGUAAAGACCAGGUCUACCUGGAUGGAAUAUUGCGGAUUCUGCGCCACCGACACACCAUUGACUUCCCUCUUCUGGCUUCCCUUGGGAAGGUAAUGAAUCCUUACCUCACCUUAUGGUUUGAAUGUCUGUUGUAUCCAGUAAUACCUUAUAUAGCCCGGUACACAUACAGCGUGUCUCCAAUCAACAUUAUGCCAAACUCUUCUAACUAGAACCUCUGCACGUUUACAAUUACUACUGUUAGAACUGUGAGAAGAAAGCAGGUCUGGGAAUUGGCUUUUCUUAAAAUUUAACCGUUUUUCAGAAAUCUGACAUUGUACACCAAGCAUGUCAAACUCGCGGCCCACAAUUCAUGCUGUGGCUGCGACCACCCGCAAGACAGGACUGAUAUUUCUGGUCUUUCCUCCCACGGCAGAUGGCGUGCCCCCGCAGGCCAGCCAGUCCCCAUUCCCUCCUGCUCGUAGUGCCUGGAACUGGAGGACGGGUGGCUCAUCUUAAGGUAGAGGAAGGGGAGAUUGGGGGACCUUAUUGUUUAGUGUGAUCAAUUGGGGAGGCGGGCAGUGUAUAAAUUUGAGGGAGAAAGGGGGCCCAGUGUAUUAAAUUGGGAGGAGGGGCAUUGUAUUGCAUUAAGGGGUAGUGUAUUGGAUUUGGGGGCAGUGUAUUAGAUUAAGGGGUAGGGUAUUGGAUUUGGGGGCAGUGUAUUGUAUUUGGGGGCAGUGUAUUAGAUUGAGUCUGCAUGGAGAUGCUGACUGGCCGCACAGCUUUUUGCUACACAUGCACACUAGCCUCCCAACGGAUUGGCUGAGAUCAUAAAGUUUGAUGAUCUCAGCCAAAGUGAAUAACACACUCACAGGAAUCAACAAGAUAACGUCAUUUCAGCAUACGUUCGCCAUUUCAGUCCCAUUAUCAAACUUUUCUUAAUAUGUCAAGGUAGUUGGGCUGAAACAUUGGUUAUAUGAAAUACACAUCUCCUUAAAGGGACUCUCCAGUGCCAGGAAAACAAUCAGAUUUCCUGGCACUGCAGGUCACUUACCAAAGGCACGCGCAUUAGACCUCUCCAUAGGAAAGCAUUGAAAAUGCUUUUCAAUGCUUUCCUAUGGGGAUUUUAGCGACGUUGGAGGUCCUCACAUAGUGAGGACGUCCAGCGACACUAUAGUACAAAUCUGUGCUAUGAUGCCAGAAGUGCCCUCUAGUGGCUGUCUAGUUGACAGCCACUAGAGGAGGAGUUAACCCUGCAAGGUAAUUAUUGCAGUUUAUGAAAACGGGUUAAGGGUAGUGGGAGUUGGCACCCAGACCACUCCAAUGGGCAGAAGUGGUCUGGGUGCCUGGAGUGUCCCUUUAAUAUAAAAUUGCUCUUUUAUUUACUUUGAAGCCCUGCAAGCGUGAGAACGUCCAGUGUCAGUCAGGCAACUUUUUUUAUCCUGUACUUUUCGAAAUAAACCUCCUUUUCUAUGAGAACUGAAGUUUUAGUUUAUUUGGGCCGUGCUAGCCUUUGAAUUUAACAUGCUUGAUAUACAACAUGCGGGGCAGGACUCUGCAAAAUGUAGAUACCCGGAUGUUGCUCUGCCAGGAUUCAGAAUGGCAACGCUUUAUGGAAGUGUACUGUUCUGCAAUGUUGGGAGAUCUCCCGUUAGCCAUGGCCGGCCUUCUCUUCCUAGAUUUGGUUUCUAUGUCAUCCAUCGAAUUCUCUAAAGAAUAUCACACACAGGAGAGUGUAAUCACUAAGCCGUGCAAAGUGACACAAUCCCAGUAUAGCAAGUGACCCUGAUAAGUAUGGAAUAUGCACCCGUAAUGUUUGUUCUAUAUCACAUAAUAGAUAGUGAUGUCCCGAACGGUUCGCCAAGGACGGCGAACAUAUGCGCUGUUCGGUCCGCCCCCAUGUCAUCAUUGAGUAAACUUUGACCCUGUACCUCACAGUCAGCAGACACAUUCCAGCCAAUCAGCAGCAGACCCUCCCUCCCAGACCCUCCCACCUCCUGGACAGCUCACUAAGAAUGCAGCUUCACAAUGAAUGGUGGGAGGGUCUGGGAGGGAGGGUCUGCUGCUGAUUGGCUGGAAUGUGUCUGCUGACUGUGAGGUACAGGGUCAAAGUUUACUCAAUAAUGACAUAGGGGGCGGACCGAACAGCGCAUAUGUUCGCCGUCAGCGACAUCACUAAUAAUAGAAUCUCAGAUCCAGAGUAACACAACAUACUGAUAACAUGUUACACACAACCAGAUCCAGCUUUAGACAGAGAUUAUGCCAGUACUAGAGCUAGUGCUUACCCUUCCUGAUAUUAAUGUAAAAUAGACUCUCCCCUGCGCUAGAACGUGCCCUUCCUGGGGUAUUACAGUAAGAUCUAUCAGCCCCUGUGCUAGAAUGUGCCCUUCUAGGUGUUUUACAGUAAAAUCUACCCGCUCUGCCAUAGAACUUCCUUGGAUAUUACAGUAAAAUUUACCCUCCGUGGUGCUAGAACAUGCCCAUCACUGAGUUCUCUCCAUCCUGGUGAUAAAUGUGCCUUUCAUGGGGUAUUAUUACACUGUCCAUCACUAAGACCUACUCAAGUUGGUGCCUGCACUUGGCCCCAAGAGAUAUACCAUUGGAUAUUGCAAGAUAAAGAAAGAUUGGCGUGUAAUAGAAGAAUCACAAGAUAAAAAAAAAAAAAAGUUUGUGUUAAAGCUUCAUUUUAAUGGUCUUUUCUUCAGGUUUCAUACGAGGAUGUCGAAGUGCUGCGGAAAUUUGCGCAGUUGGAGAACACUCGAAUACCUCAUUUCAUGCAUGAUUUGAACAAGUAUCAAAACCAGCUCUGUCACAUCAUGGAAACGAAUCAACUGAGUGAUGAGGAACUGAGACAAGCACUCCCUGACUGACUCCCACCACAGGCUCAAACCCAAGGCUACACAGCUUUUAUCCAUUAACCCACCAUUUGGGUUCAAAACAGUCAAGAUGGAGGUUUCUCACAGUGAGACAAUGCUGGACGAAUUUGUAGUUCUUUUUGUCAAUUAUCCGCACAGUUUUAGACUAACCCACACUUGCAUGAAAUGUCGACCGCACAGACAUGUUUUUAUUUGAAUGGAUCCAGUCAGUAAAUAUCUAGAGGAACUGAAUUUUAUAUGAAAAAAAAUUUUAAAAAAAAGUUUUUUUUCCACAAUUUCUGUUUCCAAAUAAAACGUGUUUUUUAUUUUAGACGAUAACCUGUAUCACACAGAACCCGAGUAUUAUCCUGAUACACCCAUUAACUGCACAGCCCUUGGCUGUGGACUGCUCUGGCAUGGGACUGUAUGUAAGGUGGAAAGGUAAGGAAUAGACUUGAGCAUCCACAAAAUCCACCGAAACACUGGUUUCAACAUGUUCGUUCAAAACCCAGAGGGCAGAGAAACAAAAACUGCUGCGACAAAGUACUUUAUAAAAUGACUAAUAAAAUCCCUUUCCAUUCUUCAUCCCAGAUUCCCUGUGCAUCUUCCACCUGUCAGCCUUCCUAGCGGUUGUGUUUGUAGGAUAGAUGUACGCAUGGUGAGACAGCAUUGUUAUGCUAACUUAGAGGGGGGGAUGACUUCAAGGUAUUGCAAUGUCCUGUCCUGCUGCUUACAGUCUGUUGACAGUUGAGAAGCCGAACCACCCUCAUUAAAGAUGGACUCUGAUCCAUUAUUCUCGAUCUGCGAUCGGGUUUGCUUCCUCACACACAGCUCUGGCCGCAAAAUUAGCAUUCGCUCUGCUCCAACUCCUGUGACCAACGCCAGAUCCUCCACCCGCCGGAAGCCACCCAGCUUUCGCCGAUGUAUUGUGAUGCUUUGGGCCAAGUUUCGGUUAAUUCCUGGUAGGGUCAUAAGCUCCUCUUCAGUGGCCUGGUUAAUGUCCACACAGCUUUCUGGGGAAAUCACACGAUUACACAGAGCAUUUGCCUUUGGUACAUGACCUCCCCUCCUGCAGCUCACACUGGCUCCCAUGGUUCAAUGCAUCUAAAGAGCCAGGGCCUCUCCUGAAGAACAAAAAGGCGCAUCAGUCGUUACAUGUCUUCCAGCUCUGGGUUACACAAACCUGAUUCUGCUCUGAGGUCAUAGACACUGAUUACACAAGAAAUUAUGAACCGGGCACGAGGUUCCACAUCUGGGCAUUAGACCAUGCUUUCCACAGGAAGCCGGUUAGUGAAUUUUCCCUGGCAUAACAUCAGUCCUUAUAAUAAUAGAGUAGGUACUGCUGGGACCAAGAACUCUAAGAAUGAUCCUAACCCUCAACAUUGGCACAUGGGCAUUAUAUUAUCCUCCCCCAUUGGCCAUCAGUGACAUUCUAUUGUCCCCC